CUCAACUUCUUCUUCUUCUUCUUCUUCUUCUUCUUCUUCUUCUUGUUGAGAGAGUUUAAUUUGAUGAAUUCAAGAGUACAAGUUUUGUUAAGCUUGAGGAGCAAGGAAGUGGGUAAGAGCUUUGGGGGUCAUCUCUCUGAUGCCUUGACCAAUGCAGGCAUCCUAACUUGUCAGUUUGACCAUGAAGAAGAAGAAGAAGAAGAAGAAGAAGAAGAAGAAGAAGAAUUGCAUAUUAAUAAGAGCAUUAAAGAAUCAAGAAUGGCGAUAGUUGUAGUGACAGAAGACUAUGCGUCAUCGGAGAGGUGCCUUGAUGAGCUUGUGUGGAUUAUGGACUGGAAGCUAAAGCGUGGCUCUGCAGGAUUCUUCGUUCUUCCUGUUUUCUUCUGCGUGGAUCCUUCUGAUGUGAGGAAGCAAGGAGGGAGCUUUGCUAAGGCUUUUGCUCGAUAUGAAGAUCGAGCAGUGGGAUCGAAAUGGAUGAAGAAGGUGACCCACUGGAGGGCUGCUCUCAAACAACUUGCAGAUCUAGGGGGAAUGGUCUCUCACAAUCAGGCUGAUGGGUAUGAAUCAAGGUUCAUCAAACAAAUAGUGAAGGAGGCAGCAAGAAAGCUGAACCGCAAAGUUCUGUAUGUUUCUCAGCACCCUAUAGGAAUAGAAACUCGAGUCAAGGAGAUCAAUCUAUGGCUACAAGAUGGAUCAACCAGUGUCGAUAUUCUUGCAGUGUAUGGGAUGGGGGGUGUAGGCAAGACUACCCUUGCCAAGACUGCAUAUAAUCUCAACUAUCACAGCUUCGAUGGCAGUAGCUUUCUUGCAGAUAUAAGAGCAGCUUCAGAGCAGUACGAUGGCCUGCCCCGCCUUCAAACACAGCUCCUCAGAGAUAUCCUCGGGGAAAAAGUGAAGAAGAUCCACAAUGUCCAUGAAGGCACUGUGAUGAUACGAGAAGCUAUGAAUUACAGAAGGAUUCUUGUUGUUCUUGAUGAUGUUGAGGAUACAGAUCAGUUAAACGCGGUUCUUGGCAUGCGAGAAUGGCUGCAUCCCGGGAGCAAAGUUAUCAUAACUACGAGAAACGAUCACUUGUUUGAUGGCAGCGAGUUUUGUGAUUGCACGAUGUAUAAGGCCAAGGCGUUGAGUGAGAAAGAAUCGCUUCAGCUCUUUAGCCUGCACGCGUUUGGGAAAGAGUGGCCACCCGAGGACUACAUGGACCUUUCGGGAAACGUUGUGUUUCACUGCGAAGGAAACCCCUUGGCUCUUAAGGUCUUGGGGUCAGCAUUAUGUGGCACAAGUCCUAAGGUGUGGGAAAGUGCAUUACAGAAACUGAAAGUGAUUCCUCAGAAGAGAAUUCUCGAAAAACUUAGGAUCAGUUUCGAUUCGUUGCCAGAUAAUGAUGUCAGGAACAUUUUCCUCGAUAUUGCUUGUUUCUUUGUUGGUAAAAACAAGGAUUAUGUGGUGCCUGUGCUUGAUGGAUGUGGUUUCUUUUCGGUUGAUGGAAUUCAAGUCCUUAUCGAUCGGUGUCUGUUAACAAUUGAUAAUGCUGCUAGUAAGAGUAAAAUUAUGAUGCAUCAGCUUAUUCAAGAUAUGGGAAGAGAAAUUAUUCGAAAAGAAUCUCCUUGGGAGCCUUGGAAAAGAAGCAGAAUUUGGAUACAUAAAGAUUCUUUCAAUGUAUUGAAGGCAAAAAAUGGGACAGAAAAAGUUGAGGGCCUUGUUCUGGAUAUGCAAAUGUUCAGGAAAGCUAGAGUCAAUGUCAAUGAUUCUGAAAGACUUUAUGCAGGAGGAAAUCGCGAAAAUGUGCAAAAGCGUCGCAGACUCAACUUUCUGUCACAACUUAUAAAUAACAAUGCAGAAAUUUCGCAUGAACCAUGCUUCGAAGUUGAUGCGUUUUCAAGAAUGGAGAGACUAAGAAUUCUGCAGCUGAGUCGUGUAAAGUUAUCUGGCUCCUAUGCUUUGCUACCCGUGAAUUUAAGAUUUCUCUCUUGGCAUGGAUUCAGUUCAAAGUCCAUUCCUGAUGAUUUUCCUUUGGAGGGUCUGGUUGGUUUGGACAUGAGAAAUGGCAGCUUGAAAAAAGCUUGGGAGGGAAUCAGGAUCCUAAGGUUUUUGAAAAUCCUCAAUUUCAGUCACUCCCAUAGCCUCCUGACAACCCCAAAUUUUUGUGGCCUUCCUAGUCUCAAAAGACUGAUCCUAAAAGACUGCACAAAACUGUGUGAGAUUCAUGAAUCAAUUGGGGAUCUUGAGGGACUCACUUUUCUCAACUUAAGAGGCUGCAAGAAUCUUAGGAGGCUUCCAACAAGUUUCAGCAACCUAAAAUCCUUGGAACACCUCGUCAUCUCGGGCUGUUCGAGGCUAGCCACAACCACAACGGAGCUAGGGAAGCUCGAAUCCUUAACCACACUCCACGCGGAUGAAGUAGCUUUCGGUCACCAGCAUACACAGUGGAGGUCUUGGUUAUCGAGGCUAAAAAAAGCUCCAUAUUCUGAAAGUUUCGUGCUGUCUUCUUUAUCGCGCUCCUUAGUGAGCCUGAGUCUCGUGAAGUGCAGCCUGACAGACGAUGCGUUAUCGACUGGCAUCACCGGUCUUCCCUCGUUACAUUUCUUGAACUUAAGUGGCAACCUAAUUUGCAGCAUUCCACAGAACAUCAUAGACCUCGGUGUGCUCAAGGAACUGUGGUUAGACGAUUGUGUGAAUCUCCAAACGCUCCCGGAGCUCCCAUUGAGCCUCACUAAACUCAAGGCAGCAGGAUGCACAUCACUGCAAGGCAUUAGAAAUCUGCCAAAUCUUUGGACAACGCUAUUCUUGCAGGUGAAUGAUUGUGAGAAACUGGAUGAGGUUCAGGGCCUGUUCAAGCUUGCACCAAUAAGCAACUUUGAUGCAGAACUGGUCAAAACUUUGGGGUACUUAGAUAUAGAAGCCAUUCGGGAUGCUGAGGUUGAGCUCUUCAAUGAACUCACAGAAACAAGGAGUAAAUACUUAGUCCAGGGACUGUACGAAUUUGGCAUCUUUAGCACUUAUUUUCCAGGAAGUGAAGUCCCAAGGUGGUUUAGCCACAAGCAGGAUGUAGAAAAUUCAGUGACUUUGAAGUUGGCUUCACAUACAGACACCAACAUCACAGGACUGACCAUAUGCUUAGUAUAUUCACGCUGCAAAAAUCCCCGAAAAUUCAAGUUUUUCGGGGAAGGAAAAUUCGGGGGCUCCUUCUCGUUUUUCAUCAAAGUCAGCAACAUAAGUAGCAGCCUAAAAUGGAUUUAUAACCCAACAUAUAUUGGCAUCCCAGGGCCAAAUGAAGAUCUGGUGUUUAUAUGCCACUGGAAAUUUGGCAAGUAUUUGGCUUCUGGGGAUGAUAUCAAUGUCUCAGUAGUUGGACAGAGCUACACUUUUCGGAUUAAGGAGUUCGGAGUUAGCCCCGUUUAUGAUAUUAUUCAUCAAGAAACACAAACAUCAUCUUCAUUGGCAAAUGAAUGUACGACAAUUCAUCAAGAAACACAAACAUCAUCUUCAUUGGCAAAUGAAUGUACGACAAUAGAACGUUACAUGUCUAUCUGUCAAUUAGCAGUGAAUCACUACUUCUUCUCUCCCUCCAAGUACUUUGUCCUCAAAGGAAGGUCAGAUGGUGAUCCAAUUGUAAGGGGUGUACUAUACAAUCAUUUGUUUGAGGAUCAUCGUGUGAUUUUUGGAGUUUCUUCAGAUGAUGAUAGUGAUGUAGACUUUGAUGAAUUUGAAUGUGAUGAGGAGGAAGCAGAAGAAGAGCUAGAGGAGCUAUUGCAAUGGAAUAGUCGAAGUUUUGGGCAAUAGUAGAGUAGAGGAAAGUUCAGUUCA